CCAGGCCGCUGGGCGAUUACCACACCACCAUUCGAUGCCAACUCCCGUCAUCAACCGGUAUAAACGCCAAGGAGAUUUAAGAAACUCUUCGUAUUUUAUCUUCUUCUAAUUUUUAAAAACUUCGAGAAAGCAAUCAAAAUGCGUGAGUGCAUCUCAGUCCAUGUCGGCCAAGCCGGAGUCCAGAUGGGCAAUGCCUGCUGGGAGCUGUACUGCCUGGAGCAUGGCAUCCAACCUGAUGGUCAGAUGCCCAGUGACAAGACCAUCGGAGGUGGUGACGACUCCUUCAACACCUUCUUCAGCGAGACUGGUGCUGGCAAGCACGUCCCUCGAGUCGUCUUUGUUGAUCUUGAGCCCAGUGUCGUCGAUGAGAUUCGCACCGGCACCUACCGCCAGCUUUUUCACCCUGAGCAGCUGAUCACCGGCAAGGAAGAUGCCGCCAACAACUAUGCCAGGGGUCACUACACCGUAGGCAAAGAGCACAUCGAUCGAGCCCUUGACAGAAUUCGAAAAUUAGUGGAGCAGUGCACGGGUCUACAGGGUUUUCUUGUCUUUCACAGCUUUGGUGGAGGCACCGGCUCUGGCUUUACAUCCCUAUUGAUGGAACGUCUCUCCGUCGACUACGGCAAGAAGUCCAAGCUUCAGUUUGCCAUCUACCCUGCUCCACAGAUCUCCACUGCUGUUGUUGAGCCCUACAACUCAGUCUUAACUACCCAUACAACCCUGGAGCACACCGACUGCGCCUUCAUGGUAGACAACGAGGCAAUCUAUGACAUCUGUCGUCGUAACCUUGAUAUUGAACGUCCGACUUAUACCAACCUUAACCGUCUGAUUGGUCAGAUUGUGUCCUCCAUCACUGCCUCGCUGCGCUUUGAUGGGGCCCUGAAUGUCGACCUGACCGAGUUCCAGACCAACUUGGUUCCCUACCCACGUAUCCACUUCCCCUUGGCCACCUAUGCACCUGUCAUCUCUGCCGAGAAGGCCUACCAUGAGCAAAUGACCGUUGGUGAGGUUACCAAUGCCUGCUUUGAGCCGGCCAACCAGAUGGUUAAGUGCGACCCUCGCCACGGCAAGUACAUGGCCUGUUGUCUGCUCUUUCGAGGUGAUGUUGUCCCCAAGGAUGUCAACGCUGCCAUAGCAACCAUCAAGACCAAGCGCACCAUUCAGUUCGUUGACUGGUGUCCGACUGGCUUCAAGGUGGGCAUCAACUACCAGCCACCCACCGUCGUGCCUGGCGGUGAUCUGGCCAAGGUGCAGCGUGCCGUCUGCAUGUUGAGCAACACCACGGCCAUCGCCGAGGCCUGGGCUCGUCUGGAUCACAAGUUCGAUCUGAUGUACGCCAAGCGUGCCUUCGUCCACUGGUACGUGGGAGAGGGUAUGGAGGAGGGCGAGUUCUCUGAGGCUCGUGAAGAUCUGGCAGCCUUGGAGAAAGAUUACGAGGAAGUCGGAGUAGAUUCUGCAGAAGGCGAGGAAGAGGAGGGGGAAUACUAAAUAAAAACAACAGCAACGUUGAUCGAAUCGAAAUGCUGUAACUAUCAAACUUUCAUCGUGUUUGUGGUCUGUGCUGGCAAUUGGGAUCGUCCCAGGAGCUUGAUACCACCUCUUACCUAUACGAUCUCAAGUAAUGAACAUCAGUCUUCUCGACCGAAAUACAUAGAAGACUAAAUUAAUAUUUAAGAAGGCUGAAUAUUAGAAUAGUCACUACUCAGUAGUGUAAUAGUUUAAGCUCACAAAAACCACAGUUUCAGUUUCUUUUAGAAAUGUUCUCAACUAGAUUUCGUUUUAUAGGACUUUUAUUUGACUUCAGCAAACGAAGUGAAUAAAAAUUGUGAAAAUGCAAUCAAUUUUCCCGAUUAAUUAUUUGCCAUCAUGACCUUCCCAAAGUUUGGCCAAUUCGGGUGGGAUUAUGAUUUUUGAAAAUAAUUUUUGUUAGUUUGGUUGGACUUGGCUGGCCAGGGUCUGGCUGGGCUAGGCUGGACUGGGCUGGACAUGGCUUGGCUUGGCUGAACUUGGCUGGGCGGGGUGGGAUGGGAUAGGGUUGGGUUAGAUAGGCUUCGGUUGAAUUGGGUUGGGUUAGGUGUCUGGUUGGGUUAGGUGGUGAAUUGGGUUGGAUUGGGCUUUUCAAGAUUGGGUUUGGUUGCGGUGGGCUGGGUGUAUCGUGGGUUAAGGAGCCUGAAAUGUGGUUGGAUUGGGUUUGUUCAGUCGGCUUGGUCUGGCCGGGCCUGGUUAAGUGGACGGGGUUGGAUAAUUGGCUUGGUGAUUGGGUUGGGGUCGGGUACGGAUUGGUUAAAAUAGGUAACAAUUCAGUAAUGAGGGGAUCUUUAAACUGUGGGUAUAUAUUGGCAACAUUUCUAGCCAGAUUUAACACCACAUUUUGGAUACUCAGACUAUUGUGUGGUAGUCACAUGAUGCGAUUUACUUUCAACUCCUAACACAAUGCUCAAUCGACUUUUGGCAAGUCUAUUCCUGAUGCAUUUUAAUAGUUCCGUGCACAGCCAUCUGUGCUUAGUUCCUGCUACGUACCUUAUAACCGCUGGCAAGGCAAUUCAUUACUGAGCUACUACGAGGACGCCGAAUCCUUUGAAAUUUCAAUUUUAUCCUGUUUCCUGUGUCCAGCGACAAAGACAAAAAACAUGGUAAGUUUCUUCGUUGUGUUUUCCUUUAUACACAUAUCUACUAUUACGGAUAAACCUAACUUUCUGUCCACUACGAAUUUAAGUCUGUUAUUUUAACCGAACCAAAUUUAAUCAGCAUAUGGUCAUGUCAUUAUAAAAAGGCCCAGCAUAAUAAACCACCUGUUGCAAUUCCCACACAGCGAAAUUGGAUUUACAGUCGACUCAUAGAUAUCUGUAUGUUAAAUAUCGAAAUCGCGUUGUACGGAACUAAAGUCGUAAACAAUAUUGGUUACUCUCGGCAAGUGCCAGGUUUGUACAUUAAAGCAGGCAGACACUGUAGACUUGAAAAGGCCUUGCUUUUAUUGUAAGAGCUGCUAGUGCUGAAGUAGAUCUAGACUUUAUGUCUCCCAAAACUGUCCCGAUGCUUCUUUCUGUAGUCAGUUUGCCACUGCGAUUGCAGUGAUGCAUAGUGGACUCAUAUAAAAUUCAUGGAAGUCCUAUCUUCUAUUGCAUCAGGAUAUUUGUAAUGAUAUUUUAUUAAAUUUGUAAAUUAAGACUGAUUUUUGUUUUGUGACAGAUUUUAACUUUCGGCUUUCAGAAAUACCGUGGAGAUUUGGGGUUCUAAUCAUUCACUCGACACAACAUGUAUUUAUAAUUUAAAAACGUCUUCUUUUCUUAUCUUAGUAUUUCCUUUCUGAAACAUCAAUAUUAGAUAUGUUUCUUGAUUGUCAAGAUUUCUGUGAACAUUAUUCACAAAUGAGAAAUCGCGAGUGGUAGCCAUUAAAACGACAGAAAGCGAGGGCAUUGCA